AUGGAUGCUUCUUCUUCUUUUUCUUCUAAUUCCUCUCCCUCUUCAUCGUUGCAACGAUGGAAUUAUGAUGUCUUCUUAAGUUUCAGAGGAAAAGACACUCGCAAAAAUUUUGUAAACCAUCUCUAUAUGGCUCUACAAAAGAAAGGAAUUUACACCUUCAAAGAUGAUGAGAAACUUAAGAGAGGAAAAUCGAUUUCUAUACAACUUCUCAAAGCUAUCAAGGAAUCGGAAUUAGCCGUUAUCAUUUUCUCUAACAACUAUGCAUCUUCCGCAUGGUGUUUGGAUGAACUUGUAGAGAUUAUCGGAUGCAAGAACAUGCUGGGUCAGACAGUUUUGCCAAUCUUCUACGACGUUGAUCCUUCAGAAGUACGAAAACAAAAUGGAAGUUUUGGAGAAGCAUUUGUCCAACAUGAAGAAACUUUUAGGGAGGACCAGGAAAAGGUGAAGAGGUGGAGGGCAGCAUUGGCAGAGGCAGCCAACUUAAGCGGGUGGAAUUUAAACAAUAUACCAAACAGGCAUGAGGCAAAGAUUAUCAGAAAAAUUGUCCAAGGGAUCAUAAAAGAAUUGGGGCAUAUACCAUUAAAUGUUGCCAAGUACGAAGUGGGGAUAGAUUCUCGUGUGAACAAAGUUAUCGCUUUGCUAAACAAUGAGUUAAAAGAUGUGUGCAUUAUCGGAAUUUGUGGAAUUGGGGGAAUAGGAAAGACAACCAUAGCCAAAGCUGUUUUCAAUCGAAUAUUUGAUCAAUUUGAAAGUUGUUGUUUCCUUACCAAUGUGAAUGAAGUUUCACAACAACAUGGUCUAAUUUAUCUCCAACAACAACUUUUGAAUGACAUCCUAAUGGAAGGAGAUCUAAAGAUGCUUAAUGUUGACUACGGGAUCAAUGUGAUAAAGAAAAGACUAUGUUACAAAAAGGUUCUUGUAGUUCUCGAUAAUGUGGAUAGCUUGAAGCAAUUAGAAAGUGUAGCUGGAGCAAAUGACUGGUUUGGUCUUGGAAGUAGGAUCAUUGUAACAACUAGAAAUGAACGUUUGUUGGUGGAGCACAAGGUAGAUCAUGGUGAAUAUAAGGUUGAGUUGUUGAAUGAUGAUGAAGCUCUUCAACUUUUUAGUUGGCAUGCUUUCACUAAUAGCUAUCCUUUAGAGGAUUACCUGGAACUCUCACGGAGUGUAAUAUAUUCUGCCCAGGGCCUUCCAUUAGCUCUUCAAAUUUUGGGUUCUUUUUUAUUUAAAAGAAGUACAAAAGAGUGGGAACAUGAACUGGAUAAUUUGAAAAGAAUUCCAAAUAGAGAAAUUUAUAAUGUUCUAAAGAUAAGAUUUGAAGGCCUUAAUGAUACAGAGCAGGAUCUAUUCCUCGAUAUCUCUUGUUCCUUCGUAGGGUGCGAUAAAGAUUAUGUAAUGAGCAUAUUGGGCAAUAGUGGGUUUCACCCACGAAUUCAAGUUCUUAUUGAACGGUCCUUGAUAACUAUUUCAUAUAAGAACGAGCUGCAGAUGCAUCAUUUGAUACAAGAAAUGGGUAAGGAAAUUGUUCGUCAAGAAUCACCUGAAGAUGCUGGAAAUCGCAGUAGGUUAUGGUUUAAUGAAGAUAUCUAUAAAGUACUUAGAGACAUUAUGGUGACAGAAGCAAUUCAAGGUAUUAUGCUAAAUGUGCAUCAUGAUCAUCUACCAGAGGAGUUACAUGUAAACCUUGAUGCCUUUGUGAAGAUGAAGAAACUUAAACUGCUCAAAGCCUCAAACUCAGUGGGAUACGAUCUUGUGGACACAUGACCUAUCUUUCAAACGAAUUGUGUUAUCUUGAUUGGCAUGGUUACUCGGCAAGGUUUUUACCAUCCAACUUCCAUCCAAAAAAUCUUGUUCACCUUCGCCUUUGUCAUAACCAAAUCAAAAAACUUUCAUCAAGUAUCAAGUUUCUAGAGAAGUUAAGAUUUCUUGAUCUCAGUCACUCCCUAUAUUUGUACAAAACUCCUGAUUUUUCCGGUCUCCCAUGUCUUGAGAAUUUAAAUCUUGGAGGUUGUACAAACCUUAUUGAGGUUCAUCAGUCGAUUGGAGUUUCACGAGAGGCUUGUUAGAGUGGAUCUUUGGAAAUGUAAAAAUUUGAGGUGUCUCCCGAAAAGCAUCAGAAUGAAAAAUCUUAAGUAUUUUACUCUAUCGGAAUGCUCAAAACUUGAGAAGUUUCCAGAGAUUCAGGGGCAUAUGGAUUGUUUGUGGGAGCUUCGUUUAGACAAAACUGCAAUAAAAGAUUUGCCUUCAUCAAUUGAGCAUCUUGAAGGGCUUCGAUUUUUAUCUCUAGGGGAUUGCCAAAAGCUUAAAAGUGUUCCAAGCAACAUUUUUUCUAGAAUGAAGAAUUUAGAUAUCCUUGAUAUGAGAGGAACUGCUAUAGAACAGUUACCAACCUCCGUUAGAGAGUUAAGUAAACUUCGUGGCCUUUAUCUUUGUGAUUUUCAAAGGUCAUCAGCCAAGACGCCAAAAUUAUUGAUGCCAUUUUCGUUGGUGCGAAAGAGAUCAUUUGCUUCAACUUCUUUGCAACUGGAUUUGCUGUUGAAUUUGAGCACUUUAACUCAUUUAAAUCUCAGCAAUCGGAAUUUAUCAGAGGAAUCCUUUCCCAGCGAUUUUGGCCGCCUAUCCUCAUUGUGGUUGUUAGAUCUAAGUAAAAACAAUUUCGCAAGCAUACCAGCAAGCUUCAGUCAGCUCAUGAAGCUGGAACGGCUUUAUUUGGAACAUUGCACAAGCCUUCGAAUGUUGACUUCACUUCCCUCAUCUAUAACUUAUGUGAAUGCACAUGGUUGCAAAUCAUUGGAAAGGUGUUGGAUUCCACCAACUGUAGGUAGUCCAUACAAUCGGUAUUUCAUAUUCAGUGAGUGCCGCAAGUUAUUGUUUAUGGACCAGAGGAACAACAUGGCAAAUAUAUCAUCACAAAAUCACAUUCAGGGAAAUGGUGUUAUCAUUCUUUCGGGAAGUGAGAUUCCGCAAUGGUUUAGCCGUAGGAGUGAAGGUGAGGGCUCUUUAUCAGUAUCUUUGCUGGUAGAUCAUCUACCUUCUUACAAUAAUGUCAAAGGAAUUGUCAUCUGCGCUGCUUUGGAAGUCCAUGGAGUAUCACAUAUUGGAUUUGAUCUCGAAAUCAAUGGUUAUUUCAUGACUGGAUUGUCUCGAAAUUACUCAAUAGGAGAGGAUCCUGUGUCAGAUCUUGUCAUUUUGAUGAACACAACGGAAUAUGACGAUGAGUCGUCUAAAGACUAUCAACCAAUUCAAAAUUUGAUGAACAAGGCAUCAAAGGUCAGCCUAGGCUCUUGCAUUGAAGCUUCUAUAAUAUUUAACUACGUCCCAUUUAGUCCUUCCAUUAGAUCAACAAUGAAGGUCAAGGAAUUGGGUAUUCAUCUAGUCAUGGAGGAGCAAACUUAGACAUUGGAACAAGGUCAAUAAUGUACCCAACAUUAUAUGUUAGUUCUUACAAGACAAGUGUGUAAAUAUUUCGAAUGUAUAUAUAUAUUUUCGGCUAUUGAAAAAAAUAUAGUUUCAAAUAUUCAAUAAUAUGACUGUUUCUUCCCUA